CUCCACAAACAUAAAUAAGAUUAGUUGUUUAGAAUAUUAAAUAUACCGAGAAAAUUAAUUAUAUGGGUGUGAGCGGGUACCCAUGGGUCGGGUUUACCUAAACCCAAACCUAACCCAACUGGGUAAAUAAUAAAAGAGUUUAAAUCCAAACCCGAUCCAAAACUCGUCAACACGAAUUUUACCCGCGUUAAUCUAAUUGAGUCGAGUGAGUAGGCGUGAGUUCGAGUUUUGUUGCCGUAGCCAGCAGCACCAAGCCACCAACCAAAUGGAGAACUGAAACCGCGAAAGUGAUAGAAACGCCGCCGUGUUAUUGAAAGGUCAAUCAGUGUAAACGCUCUCGUUUCCUUGACCUAGUCGUCGUUUAGUGCCCAAAACUGAAAAUGAAGAGAGAGAAGAAAAGGAGUACUCUAAUCUCCCUCUCUCUAAUAAUUCCGCCUUCCCUCCGUCCGCUCUCUCUCUUCUUUACUGUGGCCAUUUUCGUGUCUUCGUUUUAAAAGAGAAGGCCAAUCCCCAUCCAGAGGAAAGGGCUCUAGCCUCUUCCCUGCUGCUGCUGGCUGGUUUCCUCCAUCCCUUCCUUCUUCGCCGUACCCCCUUUCUCCGUUCGCUCUCCGUUGACCUCCAAACCCUAAAGAUCUGUUCACUUCGGGCCUCAAUUCCACCAAUUCGAGGUUAGAUCUCCCGUCUUCGGCCUCUCUCGUGUUUCCCCCAGAUAUAAUUUCUAGGGUUUUUGUCCGCCCACCCGCUCCCAGUUCUGUAGCUGUGAGAGAGGGUUCUUCUUACUUUCUCUUGCCUGUAGUCCCCUGUGAUUAAUUCUUCUGUUUUUUUCCAGAUCUGGUGAAUCGAGGGCUCCUCCGUCGAGGUCAAAAAAGCUUUUGCAUUUUUACCGCCCUCGCCGACGUUGGGCUGUUGAGAGCGACGUUCAGAUUCUUCUUUUCUCGGGUGUGGUUCUGUUACUUGAUGCUUGAUCUUUUGUCAGAUCUGGGCUCGAUUGGAUUGGUUGCUUUUUGUUCUCGACUUUAGUUCUGUGAUUUGUUUUGGGGUGGGUUUGAGUUGAGUUCGGGAUGUCUAUCUUGGCGAAAGGCGAGUCGAUUCAUAUUCGAGAGGUGUGGAAUGACAAUCUGGAGGAGGAGUUUGAUUUGAUUCGUGAGAUUGUUGAUCAGUACAGUUACGUUGCUAUGGAUACUGAGUUCCCAGGUGUGGUGCUACGGCCCGUGGGCACUUUCAAGAACAUCAACGACUAUAACUAUCAGACUUUGAAGGAUAAUGUUGAUAUGUUGAAACUGAUCCAGCUGGGUCUCACUUUCUCUGAUGAGAAAGGGAGCUUGCCCACCUGUGGGACGGAUCAGCCUUGUAUUUGGCAGUUCAAUUUCCGCGAGUUCAAUGUUGGUGAGGACAUCUAUGCAAGCGACUCCAUUGAGUUGCUGAGGCAAUGCGGGAUUGACUUCAAGAAGAACAAUGAGAAGGGUAUUGAUGUGAGCCGGUUUGGCGAGCUUCUGAUGUCUUCAGGGAUUGUGUUGAAUGAAGCUGUACAUUGGGUUACUUUCCACAGUGGGUAUGAUUUCGGGUACUUGCUCAAGCUCUUGACUUGCAGGAGCCUGCCCGAGACACAAGCUGGAUUCUUUGACCUGAUCAAUAUGUACUUCCCCAUGGUGUAUGACAUCAAGCACUUGAUGAAGUUCUGUAACAGUCUUCAUGGUGGCUUGAACAAGCUGGCCGAGUUGUUGGAGGUCGAGAGAAUCGGUGUCUGCCAUCAGGCUGGCUCUGAUAGCUUGCUCACAUCCUGCACUUUCAGGAAAUUGAGGGACAACUUCUUCAAUGGCUCAACAGAGAAGUAUGCUGGCGUGUUGUAUGGUCUUGGCGUUGAGAACGGCCAAAAUACUAAUUGAACAAAUGAGAAAUUGUGUGAAACAGUAUUUGAAGAAAAUAUUUGUAGACUACCUCUGAGGUGUGUGUGACUUGGUUAAUUCUCUUUUGUAUACUUUUGGUAAAAGAGAGUGUUGUUUCUAGAGUGACUUUAUUUGUAACCAAAACCUUGACCGGGUUUUGUAGCUUGGGCUUUCCUUUGUAAAUUAUUGCAGUCAGUUAGUGUUCUUCAACUUUCAAUAAGAACAUAGUAGUUCCUUGCAAGCUUAAUUCUGGUGAUGACUUUUGACUAUGUAAUCUAUAGAUGAUAUGCUAAGAUGUUUGUAUCAUCAAGUACUGUUAACGGGGAGAACUGCAAUUGUUUGAAGCUAUAGAAAUUUCAUCUUUAAGUCAUCUCUUUGGCAUGAUCUCCAACCGUCCUGUAUGUAUCUGUAUGCUUGGCUGAAAUGUAGAAAUCCAUGAAUAUAGGUAAACUUGCUCUGUUUGAAACCUUCUUUCUGGCUCGUGUAUUGGCGAUUACGGAUUGAGACUCAGGUUAUGCAGAUGGGAUCUGAUUUGCAAGAUUUGUAGAGUUGGUCCUCAGAUCAGUGUAAGUGAUGACUUGAUCUAAUUAAAAAUGCAAUGUGUAGAGCUUGCUACUGUGCUGGGUUUGUUCGUCGAUGGCUGAUACACGAUGGUUUGUAAGAAGUUCAUGCACCCUGCAAACCUUCUCAACUGCGCAAACCAACUCGUUUGCGAAGUUAGGCAUAUGUAGUGAUUUGAAGUGUUGUACAUUAUGGGUGAUAGGGAAGCUUACCGGCCCUCCUUUUGUGAUUCAACGGCCGUGUUGAGAUUUAAUUUGCUGUAGCAAAAUACCACACGAAUCCCCUUAAGCACAUGUAUUGAAAUUUGAACAUGAAGGUUUGAGAGGGACACAUGCCUGAAUCCGGAAUGACAAUCCGUAAUAGUUGAGCGAAUUUUCAGUUAAAAAGAAUUAAAUACUAUCGCUCAAUAAUGUUAAAUAUAAGUU